AUGAAAUAUCCAAUGAAAAAAAUUAUACAAGAAAAUGAAAAUGAAAUCGCUGUGAAAAACUAUGAAAUCAAUAAACUGAAAACUGAUCUCAAAUAUAUCGAUAAAAAAAAUGAACAUUUAUAUGAACAAUUAGAGUUACUCUACAAACUAUCAAAAUAA